AUGACGGAUAUCCUGUCAUCACAUAUUGGAUGGUCACGCAGUCCUAUGCCAAAUGUGUCUCAACAGCAACAACAAUCGCAGCAGCAAGAACAAGCUUUCCAAAAAAAUACACGUCGCGCUUUACCUAAAUUAAAAAAUGAUCUGUCACCACAAGCAACACCGCGUAAAGUUACUCUUUUCCGCAAUGGCGAUCGUUAUUUCCCCGGCAAGCAAACGGCGAUCAUUCCACAGAACUAUUCCAAUCUUGGACAACUAUUACAAGAACUAUCCACAACGAUCGAUUUGCCUUAUGGUGUAAGACGCCUAUUUACACCUAAUCAAGGAUCGGAAGUAACAGACGUUACUAUUAUUAAAGAUGGUGCUUCGUAUGUCUGUGCUUCAUUCGAACCGUUUCAACGCAUCGAUUAUGCUACUAUAUCCGUCCCACGUUUGACAUUCAAUAUCGAGCAACUUCGCCAUCCAACGCACGAGGUACAACCGUCACAUCGACUGAAUAUACGCCAUCUGCCGACACUACCGACUGCUAAACCUGCCCCUCUGAGUACGUCUCCAACGAACUCAAAUGUGAACUCAACAGUGAAUCGCUUCCCAGCGAAUAAUCUUCUCUUACAAUCGAUCAGUCCUUCGAUAACUAAUUCCAAUCAACAAACACAGAAGAAAAUUCUUUCCAAACCAACUAGAUAUUCAUACGAUGGCACACAAAACAAAUCGCGUCAAAUCACAAUUGUCAAACAAGGAAAUGAAAAGCCGCAUAAAUCCAUUAAUAUUUUCGUUAGUCGGCGAACCGUUCAAAGUUACGAACAACUCCUAUUGGACAUAACCGAAUCGUUUGGUUAUCAAAAGAAUCGAGCAGAUAAAAUCAGACGAUUAUUCACUCUCAAAGGUAAACAAGUGAAUGGUAUUAAUGAUAUUUUUCGCGAAGAUGAUGUUUUUGUUGCAUCAACCAAUUCUGCUGAUCUUUCAUUGACGGAUUUGCAAGAAAUUAGCGUAGAAAUAAUGAACGAUCCUCAACGUUCGACAUCACGCAAUGCUGGUGUUAGUCGAAAUCACUUUAAACAAAAUUUGCAGCCACUUCGCGAUCGUGAAACACCGAACACACAAAUAGGUGUCACGACGAACGAGAGUAAAAAAGUGAUUAGUAUACGUGACAGUGGCUUCCUUGACGAUGAAGAUGGACUAUCGGGUAGAGAUAGCGAGCUAACAACAUCACGUAAAACACCAUCACGGCUUGUAAAUGCAACGAGCAAACAACAUGAACUUGUUUCCGAAGACGCAACAACCCCUAAUGAUCUUAUUGGACGCAGACAGAAAAGAACGACACUUAAACCGGGAGACACUAAGACAGUUGAUCAACAACGUGAGCGUGAACGUCAACGCUUAAAAGAAGACGAUGAUGAACGUCGAAAGAAACUGGUAGCUCGAAAAGAUCAGCCAGCAGCGCAAAAAUUCGAACCAUUAGCAGUCGACAUGAAUAAUGACGACGUUCGCGAUCAUAAAUCGAAGACACCAAUAGCUGGUGCCAGUGUAUUUUCUCCGAAUUUCCCUUCAAACAAUGGUGCUACAAUCAAAGUGUCCAACCAUAAACCCACUUCCAUAACGUCAUCAACUCGUGUCAAUCAUCAUGAUGAGAAUAAUCCACUUACUACAGACGCAAACGCUGCUGGAGCGUCAGCAGAGACUAUUCCGAAAAAACCUGUAUUGAAGAAACGUUCGUCUGUAUUACAUACGUCAUCCACUGUUGUCACAGAUCGAUAUGAACUUGGGAAAAAGAUGGGCGACGGGAAUUUUGCUGUUGUUCACCGAUCAAAAUUACGCGGUAGUGACCGUGAGUACGCGAUUAAAAUAGUCGAUAAAUCCAAAAUGAAAGGAAAAGAAUAUAUGUUGGAUCAUGAAAUCAAUAUUAUGUACAUGUGUAACCAUCCGAAUAUCAUUCGAUUAUUCGAAGAUUACGAAACACCGGAUGAAAUCUAUCUCGUGAUGGAAUUAAUUAAAGGUGGAGAUCUGUUUGAUUAUAUUACCAAACAUCGCCGUUUUGAUGAGCCAACGGCUUCGUUGAUGAUUAAAGAUGUUGCUGAAGCACUAUUGUAUUUACAUGCGAAAAAGAUCGUUCAUCGAGAUUUAAAACCGGAGAAUUUAUUAGUAAUGCAAAGAAGAGACGCACGUAUCACAAUCAAGCUAACAGAUUUCGGCUUAGCUAUGCAAGUGUCUGGACCAAUAAAAACCGUUUGUGGCACACCAACUUAUGUCGCGCCGGAAAUACUUGCUGAGACUGGUUAUGGGAUGGAAGUUGAUUGUUGGGCUGUGGGCAUCAUUCUGUAUAUUCUUCUUUGUGGUUAUCCACCGUUCAAGAGUCCCGAUCGAAAUCAAGAAGCGCUAUUUCAAUUGAUUCAACGCGGGAAAUUUGUCUACGACACGGAAUACUGGAGUUCGAUAUCAGCGAAUGCAAAAAAUUUAAUUGAUCAUUUGUUAGUAGUUGAUCGGCAUAAACGAAUGCGCGCUGAUGACAUUCUUCUACAUCCGUGGAUUAUGAGUGUCGGCCAAUCAAAACCCAUACGUAAUACGGAAGAAUUAAAAGCUGCUUUACGCACAAAGUAUGACACAAAGAUCAAAGAAUACACUGAGAAUCAAGCACCGUGA